AACACACACCCGUAGCAGCAGCUUACUGAGGGGAGGGAGGGAGGGGGCAACAGUAAAGGAAGCGAUUACUACAAGUGGCGGGCACAAGAUGAGAGCGAAGCUGGGAGACCGUUAGGGGACCGGGAGUGGACCGGAGCCGCGCCGAGCCAUGCCAUACCCUUCUGCAAAUCAAGGAUCUCUUCAGCCCCAAACCCAAAAGCACUAUGGUAUUACAUCCUCAAUUAGCUUGGCUCUGCCAAAAGAAAAUGAUUACGUGCUUACCCAGAAACUUAUUGAGGCACUAAAACCUUAUGGAGUUUUUGAAGAGGAGGAAGAGUUGCAGCACAGAAUUGCAAUUCUUGGAAAGCUGAAUAGUUUAGUGAAAGAGUGGAUUCGUGAUACCAGUGAAAUUAAGAACCUUCCUCCAUCUGUAAUAGAUAAUGUUGGUGGAAAAAUUUUUACAUUUGGUUCGUACAGAUUAGGAGUACAUACAAAAGGUGCUGAUAUUGAUGCAUUAUGCGUUGCACCUCGUCAUAUUGAAAGAGUUGACUUCUUCACCUCCUUCUGUGAAAAGCUGAAGCAGCAAGAUGAAGUGAAAAAUUUACGGGCUGUUGAAGAGGCAUUUGUACCAGUCAUUAAACUAUCCUUUGAUGGUAUAGAGAUUGAUAUCUUGUUUGCAAGAUUGGCUCUUCAGACAAUCCCUGAAGAUUUGGAUCUUAGAGAUGAUGUGCUACUUAAAAACCUGGACUUGAGGUGCAUUAGAAGUCUUAAUGGUUGCCGAGUCACUGAUGAGAUAUUACAUUUAGUACCAAAUAUUGAAAAUUUUAGGCUGACACUGAGGGCAAUUAAAUUAUGGGCAAAGCGCCACAACAUUUAUUCUAACAUACUAGGCUUUCUGGGUGGUGUGUCAUGGGCCAUGUUGGUGGCAAGGACAUGCCAACUGUACCCCAAUGCUGUUGCAUCAACCCUAGUACACAAGUUCUUCUUGGUUUUUUCAAAAUGGGAAUGGCCAAAUCCUGUCUUGUUAAAACAACCUGAGGACUGCAAUCUGAAUCUGCCAGUGUGGGAUCCACGGGUUAACCCAAGUGACAGAUACCACCUCAUGCCAAUUAUUACGCCAGCCUACCCGCAACAAAACUCAACAUACAAUGUCUCUGCAUCUACCCGGGCUGUAAUGAUGGAGGAGUUUAAGCAAGGUCUUUCGAUUACAGAUGAAAUUUUAAUGGGUAAAAUGGAAUGGUCCAAACUCUUUGAAGCUCCAAACUUCUUUCAAAAGUACAAGUAUGUAUUCAAUUACCUUUGAGUAGGAUGUACGUUGUGAGAGUUAGCUUCUAUUUUGCUUGCAAUUCAGGAAACCUGAAGCAGCUUCUCUUCCUGUCCUCAAGAGGAAAAAAAGAAGUAAACGCUCCAAGCAUUUGUGAUCCAAUCCAAAGCUGAGAGCAGCCAAGUAGUAAUAUUUCAAAUAAGUAGUGACCUUAGUCUAAUGACUAAUGAGGAUUGUGCCAAAAAAUAUUCCCUUUCAAACCGGGUUGUUAGUGACCUGUGUUUACUAUGAUCACAUAACAAGAAUGCUAAUUUUGAAGUGUGACUGAAUGUGAUGUUACUGUAGUGAACUCUGGAAGUUCACUUGACUUGUGAAUUAAUUUAAGAUUUUGAAUACCUUUUCACUUCCCCCAGAUACUUUUUUUUGACACCUAAUGCCAAAAUUCAGUAGCUCAGAAAGUAUUUAUUUACCAAGAUGUUUUUCUGAAUUUGCCACUGGAUGGCGCAUUACACCUUCCAACUACCACGAGACUGAGACUGCUUGUAAUACAUAUUCCACAUGAUUGUUAUCUAUUUUCAAAUGCAUUAAAAAUAUUAAUUUUUAAUGUACUGUGUCCUUUUGAGUUUUUCUACACUGCAGUUCAUUCUAGGAAUCACAUAAUUUUUUUGAAAAUCAUGAGAUACAGCACACAGUAGGUAAAAGACCCAGUAGCUAAAAGUCAUAAAUUUUGUAAUCAACACUUUGUUCCCCUGAUGACUAUCUUCACCCAUUGAGUAGCUGUGGCAUAGGGGCCAUGAAGAGCUACUUUUGAUUUGAUCUCAUUUCUGUUCGGAGUUUAGCUAAUCUUAACGUGCAUAGAGGUAUUACAUUUCCCACAAAUAGGGAAGGGCAACCUAGCCAGAAUUUAGGAAGAGCAGGUGUAUUGAAUGCUGUAGAUGGGCACGAGGCCUGAAUUGCACUUUACUGUGUCACCUGAAGUAGUGUGGCCUGGAUGUACUUGUGUAAGGCUUUAGGUUGCUUCACUUUAUUAAAGUAUUAUUUAGGCAGCAGCCCCCUUUUUUUAAAAAAAAAACCUGUUCAUUAGUAAGGAAUCAGUGCCUUAAGCAGACCAUGGGCUUUGCACCUAAUGAAUUCCUCAUGCUAAGGCAGUUGUUUCAUGUUUGGGGAUUUUGAUAUUUAGAUUAUAGGAUCUUGCAACAGGCCAGAUGCCGACAAGGUGGUGAAAUUGUAGUAUUUCCGACUGAAAUAAGGCAUUUUGGACAGUAAUAGAAAAAUUGUGAAUCUGAACUACUCUAUCAUUCAAUUAAAAAGCAUAGAUGCAUUACAGGGAAGAUAUCAGAAUUUUAUAAAUCCAGCAUGUCCUGUGAUUUCAUUUUUCACUAGGGUAGAUGUAUGAUUUAUUACUUAAAUUGAGUUGGCUUUUGGCUGGCUGGAAUGAUGAAAAUGUACAUGUAUGUAAAAUGUUUAUUUUUUUGAUGACUUUGAAUUCACUUUUGCAUUCAAAAUUUGUCAAUAGUUAGUAUUAAACAAUGUAAGUGACACAGCAGAUGUCUACUUGGUGCUUAAAACAAAAAGUUAUUGGUUAACUUGGGCAUCUUUUCAACUAAGAUGCUUAACCAGUUAUAGUUUGAGAUUUUGGAGCUUUGGUAGUCUCUGCCCCUCACGUAGGUUGGGGACAUAACCAGUGAAGAAAGUAUUGUCAAAACCAAUAGUUUUGUUGUUUCCUUUUGUAUGGGCAAUGGCUUUUACAGCAAAUGUAGCAGAUAAAACAGUGACUUAAUCAAUUAUAAUAAAUUUACUUCUGACCUAGUUUUGUACAGUGCUGUGCUUGUUUGGGCAGGUUAUUUGGCAGGGUACUGGUACCAUAAUAAAUAUGUUGACUUGAAAGAUUAUCUAUGUGCUUACUGAAAAAUACAAUAUUAAGAUAGAUUUCUUUCAGAAUAUUGUAUUCUAAGUGAGACUUGGUGUUUAGGAUCUGAAUAAUACAUGUUUUCCAAAAUGAUUUGGCACAUCCUAAAUGUAGUCCAACUAUAAAUUGUGGGCUAAUUUGUAAUAUUGCUAACAUUGUCAUAAGUGUAUCCAUUUUCCUAAUAAAAACACUUUUCCUAGCAAAAUGGUGGAAUGU